AUGGAUAAAUUACCUGCGGAAGUCAAAAUAGAAAUUACAAGUUACGUGCAAAAUCCUUCCUCUUUUGCACGAUGCUCGCGCGAAUGGUACAGCGUAGUAAAUUCGCCACAUACAAAAUAUAGAUGGCUACUCAACAAGUAUGGUCGUAUUCAUGCUUUGUUUCAUGUUGUAAGAAUCGGUGAACCGUUCCUCAAUCUUGAAGUGGUUGAACUUGUGUUGAACAAUUCUCACGUCAGCCGGUACCUUGUUCAACGACUAAAACUUGUUUAUGGAAAACACUGUCUGUGGGGUAACAAUAUUUCCAAUGAUGUAUACGAACGAAUUCUUAAUUUCAAGGAAGGAUACAGAAACAACAACCACAAUGACAUGCAUUCAAUCCGUCAAGUGUUAAAAAAAGGAGGAAACGAAAACGAUAUCAAAACAAUAAUUGAAGUUUACGGUUUCAUUUUUUUUCCGCCCAAGCCAACUUUUCGAACAUAUAUAUUCGAAAAUUCUGCUAAAUAUGAAGAUAACCUUCCCCAAAACGGUUAUGCAACUGCCUCUGAAUUGAAGAUCAUGGCAAAGGCGAUAAUCACUUAUCCAAAUUUGUUGAAUGUCUGGAGGAAAAUUGGUUAUCAUGAGAUAACCAACGAUUUGGAAAACCCUGUUGUGCAACUCACUCUCCUAAAUCUUUACUCUACUAAUGUUCCUUCAGGACAAGCAGUUGCUGAAAAACUAUGCGAUUUACAAUUAAUUGGAUUUUUACUGACUGACACUUUGGUUGGAAAUGCUAUCCUUCUAUUCAAAAAGAGGUUAGUCGACGUCGGAAAGAGUCUCAUAGAAAGCUUUUCUAUUGCUCGAAAUUUAUCCAAGGGAGACAUACUUGAUAUAUGCUUGAUAGAAUUGCUUAAUCCGGCAAGAAUUCUUGAACAAAACGAUGCACUGGAUUAUAUCAUCAACUCGAUUAACGAUCCCGAAAAGCAAAUUCUUUCCGCAUUUGAAAAGUACAGUAUUGUCGAAGGUGACAAUAACCCAUCCCAAUCUCUUAAAUACUCACUUGUAAUAUAUCGAUACAUGUUGAGGUUCGGUGCAAAGUCUCCAGUUGUUAAAUAUUUGAUGAAAGAAAUCGUAAUUGUCCAUACACAGCUUGCCGAUACAGAGGAUGCAGACAAAUUGAGAGAUGCAGAUACUAUCUUGGACGAAUAUUAUGCAUCCAAUGUACCGUUUGAACAAUCGCUUUUGCUACUCUUUAAAAAAUGGUCACGCGCAAAACCAAUUAGUUAUUUGUUUAAAUAUCUUUUAGACCUGUUCGGAUUUGAAGUCCAAAAUCGAUCAUUUUUGACUGUCCAAAUUCCGGAAGUAGAUGCACUUACAUCACCCGCGCAAACAAAAGAGUUGCAGCGACUUUGGCUAGAAGACAUUAAAAAAUGUAUCCAACCCGAGGAAUUAGUAAAUGAUGAAUUUAAAACGCAGGCAACAGAGUUUUAUCGUUUAAUGCUCAGUAGCUCUAAUUUUUUGUCUUGUGAGCAAUUUCACCAAGUCUUUUCGGAGUUUCAAAACUAA